AGCGUGCUGAGACUGUGAGGCAGGUGAUAACCGUUCACCGUUGGCUGGCAGGCACACGGUACCGUACUCUUCACUCUACAGCCAAGAAACCCCCGGACCUCACGGAUUAAUACCCGACUGAGAGACUUUGUCUUCUGCAGGACUGUUUAAUCUGCGACAGAGGACCAUGUUUCUCCUGCAGUACACAGGGCUCAGCGCUCUGCCCUUUGACCCGACGUCCAGCGGCGACCCUCUCCACUUCAACAGCUCCAACGGGCCGCUGGUGACAGAAUGUCCUUCCCUGGAAAACACCGCUGAAAACGGCAAGAAGAGGAAAAGACCCAGUCUGCCUCCAGACGUGAACCGUAACAUGACCAUGGCUUCUAACUCCAUGACGAUGCCCAUGUCAGACCCCGGCGGCUGGGCAGCAGCAGCCAUGAGCAACCUGGGGAUGCCUCCGAUAAACAUGACUGGACAGCAGCUCAUGCCAGAUUUUGACCCCGGUCUCGGGCUGAUGACUGGCAUUACCUCCAUAAAUCCCAUGAUGCCCGGCCUGGGCCUGGCGCCCCCGCCCCUCUCCCAGGACGUGCCAGUUGUCAAGGAGAUCAUCCACUGCAAGAGCUGCACGCUGUUUCCUCCUAACCCCAACCUUCCGCCUCCGGCCACGAGGGAACGCCCUCCCGGGUGUAAGACGGUGUUUGUCGGCGGUCUGCCCGAGAACGCCACUGAGCAGCUCAUCGUGGAGAUCUUCGGACAGUGUGGGGAAAUCGCUGCCAUCAGAAAGAGCAAGAAGAACUUCUGCCAUAUCCGCUUUGCUGAGGAGUUCAAUGUGGAUAAAGCUCUCUUCCUCUCUGGUUACCGUAUCCGUUUGGGCUCCAGCACAGACAAAAAAGACUCCGGCCGUCUCCACGUGGACUUCGCCCAGGCCAGAGACGACUUCUACGAGUGGGAGUGUCACCAGCGCAUGUUGGCCAGAGAGGAGAGGCACCGGCGCAAGAUGGAGGAGGAUCGCCUCCGGCCGCCCUCCCCUCCUCCCAUCGUCCACUACUCGGAGCACGAGUGCAGCGAGCUGGGAGACAAGAUCAAAGAUGACAAUAAGUUUCCUGAAGCGGUGCGUGUUCUCCUGACCUGGCUGGAACGAGGUGAAGUCAACCGCAGGAACGCCAACAACUUCUACUCCAUGAUCCAGUCGUCCAACGGCCACAUCCGCCGGCUGAUGAGCGAGAAGAGUCAGCACGAGAAGGAGGUGGAGGAGGCCAAAGACAAGUUCAAGACGGCGAUGGUCACCAUACUGGCUCAGUUUGAAGAGAUCGUGUCUGUCUUCCACGCUGCUUCCAAACAAAAGGCAUGGGACCAUUUCUCAAAAGCUCAGCGGAAAAACCUGGACGUUUGGCGCACGCAGGUUGAGAAGAUUAGAAACAUGCACAACGAGCAGCUGAUGGGCAUCAGGGGGGAAGAGGAGAUGGAGAUGUCUGACGAUGACAUGGAGGACUCCUCCGCUACCAACAGCAAAGACUCGGAGGACUCAGGUGUUUCCCAAGCAGAAGCCUUAAAGGAGGAGAACGACUCGCUGCGCUGCCAGCUGGACGCCUACAGGAACGAGGUGGAGCUGCUCAAACAGGAACAAGGAAAGAACCAACCGAUCGGCAGCGAGGAGGACAACACACACUCUCAGCAGCUCAGCUUCCUGCAGCAGGCUCUGCAGGGCAUGCAGAAGCAACUGCUGAGAAUGAGGGACGAGUUGAAGAAGCGAGAGGCCGAGCUUGAGAAGAGUCUAGAAGACAAACAGCAGCUGAAGAACCAAAUCCAUGACCUCACGUUGGGACUGCAGAGCCUGCAGACUACACACACACCACAGCUGGAGACGUUAAAGCAAGAUGACAGAGGGAGCGAACAGAGUGCUAAUCAAGUCAGUGAUGUAACAGCGUCAUCAGUGGUGUCUUGCAGUCAGGACAAGGAAGGUCUUCCAGAGAAGAACCGUCUCAGUCCUGUUCACUCCGAGAGGGACGCACUGCUAGUUGGGAUCAUUUCAACCUUCCUGCACGUCCACCCGUUUGGAGCCAGCAUCGAGUACAUCUGUUCCUACCUGCAGCGUUUGGACACCAAGAUUAACCCCGGUGAGGUGGAGGCUCUUCUUACUCGGCUGCCCUGCACCUUCAGACAGGAGCUGACUGGCGUCGGAGCCAGCCUGGAGAAACGCUGGACCUUCUGCGGCUUCCAAGGCAUCAAGAGCACAUAGGACUCUGCCCGCUGACGCUUCUGGGAAGUGGAAGAGACGACAAGGCAACACAGGUACACGGAGCGCACUCUAGAAAUGUGGAGGAAGCCCACAACUAACUAACUAACUGAGACGCCGGACUCCACCUGCAAAGACAAGAGCACAAAUUAUUCAGCACCGAUCUCAGAUCAGGAAGGGGUGGUCUGUGUAGGUGGCAGCGAGAGAGAUAAAUAUACAGUUUUUUUGCGAUGGCAAAUUAAUUGGCGGCAUCUCUAUGGCGACCAAGAAGUGGAUGUAUCUCUAUGGUGACAGUCGCGUCAUCUCUCACUCUCUCCUCUCUGUUUUUAACUCAUGGGAUUCAACUCAAAGUCCCGAUCUCACUGGAUUGGUUGUAUUUUUUAUACUCCGUACUGGCAGACCUGGACUAAAGGGCUACACAGGAAGGUCAUCAGGGUCGACGUUCAACCUCAAAAACCUCCUUUUGCCUCUUCUUGAUUUUGUACAAUCAUGUGAAAUAAAUUCUUAUAUUUCCUUC